AUGUCUCGAAGGAAGAUUUCGUCGGAGUCCUUCAGCUCCCUGGGCUCCGACUACCUGGAGACGAGCCCCGAGGAGGAGGGGGAGUGCCCCUUGUCUAGGCUCUGCUGGAACGGCAGCCGGAGCCCGCCCGGGCCGCCCGAGCCCAGCGCGGCGGCCGCCGCCGCCCCGACCCCGGCACCCGCCGCCGCCACCGCCGCCACGGCUGGGGCCAGGAGAGCGCAGCGCCGGAGGCGGGUCAACCUGGACUCUCUGGGCGAGAGCAUCAGCCGCCUGACGGCGCCCUCGCCCCAGAUGAUACAGCAAACUCUCAAGAGGACAUUGCAGUAUUAUGAGCACCAAUUUACUGGUUAUAGGGAUGUAGAAAAGAAUUUCUACAAUAUUUCUAACAGAUGCUCCUAUGCAGACCAUUCCAACAAAGAAGACAUGGAAGAUGUCUCAGGAAUUCUUCAGUGUACUGCUAACGUACUCGGUUUGAAGUUUGAGGAAAUUCAAGAAAGAUUUGGUGAGGAGUUCUUUAAUAUAUGCUUUGAUGAGAAUGAGAGAGUCCUUCGAGCUGUAGGUGGCACGUUGCAGGACUUUUUUAAUGGCUUUGAUGCUUUGUUGGAACACUUUAGAACUUCUUUUGCAAAACAGGCCACUCUGGAGUCACCAUCAUUCCUAUGCAAAGAGCUCCCUGAAGGUAAUCUUAUACUCCACUACUUCCACCCUCACCACAUUGUGGGGUUUGCAAUGUUUGGAAUGAUUAAGGCUGCAGGAAAGAAAAUCUAUCAGCUGGAUGUAGAAGUGGACCAGGUUGCAAAUGAGAAACUGUGCUCUGAUGUUUCAAACCCAGGCAAUUGUAGUGAUCUUACUUUCCUUAUCAAACAAUGUGAAAAUACUAAUAUCACGAAGAACCUUCCACAGGGAACCUCCCAAGUUCCUGCGGACCUCAGAAUUAGCAUCAACACCUUCUGCAGAGCCUUCCCUUUCCAUUUGAUGUUUGACCCCCACAUGACAGUCCUUCAGCUGGGGGAAGGCCUAAGGAAGCAACUCCGAUGUGACACUCACAAAGUGCUCAGGUUUGAGGACUGCUUCGAGAUUGUUUCUCCAAAGGUUAAUGCCACCUUUGAAAGGGUUCUGCUGCGACUGUCCACACCAUUUGUGAUUAGGACCAAGCCUGAGGCUUCUGGCACUGAGAAUAAAGACAAGGUGAUGGAAGUUAAAGGACAAAUGAUCCAUGUCUCAGAAUCAAAUUCUAUUUUAUUCUUGGGUUCUCCAUGUGUGGACAAGUUGGAUGAACUCAUGGGACGAGGGCUGCAUCUCUCAGACAUCCCUAUCCAUGAUGCUACCAGAGAUGUAAUUUUGGUUGGUGAGCAGGCAAAGGCCCAAGAUGGCUUGAAGAAGAGGAUGGAUAAAUUAAAAGCAACUUUAGAAAGAACUCACCAGGCCCUAGAAGAAGAGAAAAAAAAAACAGUGGAUCUUCUAUAUUCUAUUUUCCCUGGUGAUGUAGCCCAGCAAUUGUGGCAAGGGCAGCAAGUGCAAGCCAGAAAGUUUGAUGAUGUCACCAUGCUCUUUUCAGACAUUGUUGGCUUCACAGCCAUAUGUGCCCAGUGUACCCCCAUGCAAGUAAUCAGCAUGCUGAAUGAACUGUACACAAGAUUUGACCACCAAUGUGGAUUUUUGGAUAUUUAUAAGGUGGAAACAAUAGGUGAUGCAUACUGUGUUGCUGCAGGGCUCCACAGAAAAAGCCUCUGCCAUGCUAAACCCAUUGCUCUGAUGGCCCUGAAGAUGAUGGAACUUUCUGAAGAGGUGCUGACACCUGAUGGAAGACCAAUUCAGAUGAGAAUAGGCAUUCACUCAGGCUCUGUGCUGGCUGGAGUUGUUGGGGUAAGAAUGCCACGAUAUUGUCUGUUUGGAAAUAAUGUCACUCUGGCAAGCAAGUUCGAAUCGGGAAGUCACCCUCGACGCAUCAAUGUCAGCCCAACCACUUACCAAUUAUUAAAACGAGAAGAAAGUUUCACAUUCAUUCCUCGGUCCCGUGAAGAGCUUCCAGACAACUUUCCAAAGGAAAUCUCUGGGGUCUGCUAUUUCCUGGAGGUAAGAACUGGUCCUAAGCAGCCAAAGCCUUCUCUUUCUUCAUCGAGAAUAAAAAAGGUUUCCUACAACAUUGGCACAAUGUUCCUCCGGGAGACAAGCCUCUGA